CCAGGCAGUGGAUGUAGAUGGCGGGGAGGAGGCCUCCGCUGGUUGGACGAGCAAGACAAGUCACCACAAAGGGGAAAUAAUGACAUGGACCAAAAGCUCAACUUGCCCAUUGAAGAUGACCACGCGGGAAUUAAUUCUUAUUUUUCUACUUCACUUUGAAGUCACCACAAAGGGGAAAUAAGGACACGGACCAAAAGCUCAACUUGCUCACUGAAGAUGACCACGCAGAAAUUAAUUCUUAUUUUUCUACUUCACUUUGAAGUUGUCAGCGGUGAGAUCACAAAUGUCUUUGCCAGGGCCGGGGACGUGGCCAUCCUUCCCUGCAAUAAUUCGCCCUGCGACCGCUUACACUGGUUGUAUAGUCGGGACCAGAGCGGAGUGGUACGUGAGGUGAAAGAUGGCCAAGUGGUGACCAGCUCGGCCAGAAGUCAGCGCCUCAGCCUGACGGAGGACUGCACGCUGCUCAUUCACAAUGUGGUGGCGGCAGACGGCGGUUACUUUGUGUGUGAACUCGCUGGACAACAGGAACGCAACGUUGUGCUGAUGGUGAUGACAUUGACUCCGUCGUUUCCUCCAAUGGGAGGAGAGGAUCACUUGUUUCUAGAGUGUUCCCUAACCUGCUGGCCAGCCAAGUCGUGUAGAUGCCUGGAAGGAGGCCUUCGCUGGUCGGACGAGCAAGGCGAGGCGCUUUCCCCGCUUAGUACUGAGCAGACCAACUGCGUCUCCAAUCUCAAAGUGAUUCCCGUCAGCUACGAAAAGAAGUACACAUGCGAGUAUGUGAAGAGUGGCCACGUGGAGGUCCAGGUCCAAUACACAGCCGCCUUAACGAAAGGGAACACAAGAGGUCCUGAAAGUCCUGGAGCGCCACCACCUGACAGCAAAUUCUUCAUUAUCAUCGGCGCCGCCGGCGGCGGCAUUUUGAUACUGAUCAUCGUUGUUGUGGCCAUCAUCCUUGUUAAAAUAAAGUCAAGAAAAAACGCAGGACAAGAUGACUCCAAACAUGAAGAAAACAACGUGACCUACGCCAGCGUCAGUUAUGACCACAACACAGAAAUCAACAAGCACCAAGGUGGGUCCCCAGAAGAAACUGAGAGCGGCGUGACAUACGCUACUGUGAACCUGAAGAAGAAGAAGAAGAAAAAGGAGGAGGAGAAUGGAAAAAAACAGGUGGCUGAAGAGGGAGAGGAGGUGGUGACCUACGCCGCCGUCAGGACGCCGGCCAGGAUCCCACCUCAGCAAGAUGGCAGCCAGUGAAAAGACAAUCAACAGGAAAGGACAUGUAGUUGUCAUGUGAACAAAGUUAAGGAGCGCGGGCCUUAUCGACACACAAACACGCGCAGAAACACACAGUUUGCGGCUGUCGUUGAGUUGGAAAGACAACUCAUUUGAAUAUUUAUUCUGCGAUUGUCUGCUCAAACUCGUUGUUAUUCUUCAAAUAAUUGUGACUUUUCAUACAACUAAAACCCUGGCAGGGGAAACAUGUUUAAUGUUUAACUGAAAAAAUACAGCGAGUGAUCUUUGAACCGCAUGCGAUUGGCUUAACACACUUUUGAUUCCAUGACAAAUCAAAGAAAUAAACAGCCAGUAAAAGUCGUUGUAAAGUAAGUGCGAGUCAAAAGACGAUCAUUUCAAAUAGCUCCGUGGGAAGGAAAUAAAGAUGCUUGCUUUACAUGAAUGGAAAUUAAGUUCAGUUCAAUUCAGCUGUUAAAAUACCCCAUUUUGCUCGGCAGGCAUU